GUUCAGUACAAACGAUGAUGCUAACGACCCCACGAAACGUUGUAGGGAUAUUUGGGACUCCAGCUAAUGAUGUUUCGAACACAUUACCCUCCUCUUCAAAGUGCUCUAAGAAAAACCGCCGUCUGAAGAAGCGGUUGGAAGCUUCUGGGGAAAACCUACGAUUUGAGUCGGACCAGACAAGUCUUUCUAACUCCCACCACUCUGUUGACGGUGAUGGUAUAUUAACCCAAAGUCUUCCGUCUCAUCAGAUGUAUAACUUCUAUCCACCUAUAAACUCCUAUGGUAUUCGAUAUCAAGCAUUUUAUCACCUUAUUCAGGAGAAGUUAUACUCUUCUUUGUCCCAAGAAAAGCUACUACAUGUAAAUAAUGAGCAUUUACUGGCUGUGAAUUCACAGUUGGAUGAUAAGGUAGAUUCAGCCUUAAGAACGGAAACCCUGUCCAAACUUUGGUCAUUGCAUAGUGCAUAUUAUUCUCUUUCUUCUGUCACAUUCUGCAAGACAGUUUGUUUGAUGGACUUACUGAUUGCCAAAGUCAAGGUUAAGCCUAAGUACGCAAUGUGUGUGGCCGCUGCAUGUUAUUAUAUUACGUCCAAAUUUGAAAGAUCAUCGGAUCACAUUUCACCUACACCCGAAAGCCUUGUAACAUUAUCGAGAUGUGGAGGCACUGCUGCUGAUUUAACUCGAAUGGUGGAAAUCAUUCUUACGAAGUUGGGGCCUUCUAGUGUAGCUGCCGUCGGUGCAUGUUCAGCCACAGCUAUUGAUUUUUUAUCCAUCUUCUCUCCGUUGGGUGUUCCAUCAUCUCAAACCGACUCGGAAAAUCAAGACAGUUGGUUCCCCCUCCCUAUUUCCCUCUGUCGUCAAGUUGAAAUUGCCUUGAUUUCGUCAGAUGUAUCAGGUUUUCGUCCUGCAUGUCUUGCAUUGGCUUUGCUCAAUCACCGUUGCUUUGGUUCAAGUUUGAGUCCACUUGGGUCAGCUGAUGACUGGUUACAGUUUCAUGCAGCAGACCUCUUCAACUUAGCACUUUUAUGCAACGUAAGUUAUUCUUAUGUUUUCGGAUUCAACCUAAAUCUCCCACUUUAACACCAAACACUAAGAUGUACGUAUUGGUGACCAGACUCUACAGUUCAACCGUCAAAGGACUCAGGUGAAGAUUGUUUCGCAAUUCAUUAAAAGCUAGAUGUUUGUGACUGCUUUAAGAUUAAAUCAUCAAAAGCCCUUAAUUACUCAUUUCCACUACUUCAUUGGUGUUCCUUUCUAUUCUAUUCUAUUCCAUAUCAACUCAUAUUAGUUUAAGGUGCAUGCUUAGACUCAGGUUAUCGGAAUUCUUGUAAAUGCUUCUGCUGUAGCCAACAAAACUGAUUACGAUGAUGUUUGAUAGUAGUAAAUGUUAAAGUCGCUCAUUUAUAGCUAUAUUGCAUAAUUGAAUUUGUCUGAAACCCACCUGCAAUUGCAUUGAUUCUGGCACUUCUUUUAUGCUAGCAUCUAGAAGUAGAUUUCCUAAAUUGAAUCGAUUUCUUUAUAGGCAUUGUUUACUUGCUGCUGAUGACCUCAAAAUGUCUGUCUUGUUAGUAAAAUGCAUACACACCUGAGCUGAAUAGAAAACAGGUGAAUGGGAAACCAUUAAUAACAAUUAGUUUUAUUGAGUCUAAUAUUUGAAAUUUAAUAAUCUUUUGCCAGUAUGUAUGAUUUUAAGUAAUUUUUCUCACAGACGUUUAUCAUAAGUCAACUUAUUAAAUAUACAAACAAGCGAACCAUCCAAAAGUGUAAGUGUUUCAUUUUAAAGAGCGAAUUUGCAUCGGUUUGAUAUGAUCUAGGACUUUCUGAGUUCUUAGUCCUGAGACUAAUCCACUUCAAAUGCGUUUCAAGCAUAUAAAGCUAAUCAGGGCUCUCUAUUCGAAGUCACACAGGAAUGUUAGGGCUCGUGGAAAGUUUUCAUGUGAAUUGAUGACAGCUAGUGGUGUGCACUGUCACGGUUUGUGUUUAAUCUCGUUACAAAUACAUUAAUGAACAUGACCUUAGGUAACUAUAGCUUCAAAGGGAUUGAUUUACUCCUUGGAGGGCAUUUAUUUGACUUGGAGUAUACAGGUGACACUGUCCUGCUAGGUGAAAAUGUUGACAAGGCCUUUUGAAUGCAUGGAGUGCGUUUGGCAUGCGUUUCGCUGGUACCUGUCAAGUAAAAAAUAGUUCCCCAGGACACUGGUCGGCAAAUACUAGUUCAGUGAUGUUGAGUGAGGUGCUUGAAUGUGUUGACAACUUCAUUUGCUUGGGAAGUUGCAUCAGCUUAAACGGGCUGGUUACUAACAAAAUACCAGCUCAGAUACAAAAGGCCCGUUUGGCAUUUGGCAAGUUUUUUCAUCUCUGGCGCCGACUGACAAGAUAUCCGACCAUAUGUUAAAGGAUGGCUACACUGCACUGCAGUUCGUUUUGUCCUGUUAUAUGGUUGUAAGUUAUGGUCACCUAAAGUAGAUAUGAAGAGACUAAAGGCUUUUGAUUAUGAGUGUCUUCGUAGGAUUGCUUACAAAUGGCGGAAUCACCACAUGAGAAAUGUUGAGGUCAGGUGAAGAGUUCUGGGUAAGGAAGGCAAGCCAGUGGAUGAGAUUGUGAACCGUUAUUGACCGAGGUGGCUUGGAAACGUGCUGUGCAUGAUGAGUCACCGCCUACCUUAAAGUGCCAUGCUAGGGGAAGUUGGAUCAGGUUGAGAGAAGGUUCAGAUCGGCCAGAAUAAGAUGUGACACCAGUUCAUGAAGUCCCCGACUGGUGGUCUGAACCAUGUUGGGGACUGUAGACUGCCUGACUGGGGUUCCCGAGAUGAUAAGAAUCAGUGUUUGAGAACUCUUAGUGAAAUGGCUGAAAAUUGAUCACAAUGGUGCAGAUGUAUUCAUUCUCUGAUUUCUUAUAAAGCUUGAAUACCUUGACUAGCCUUAAUUUUUACACUUCCUCUCCUCCCAUACGCCUUUGUCAACUUUAAUAUCAGUCUUUCAUAUCCACUUGUUUUUUGUAUACUAACGUGAAGUGUGGCAACUUGAAGGAAUGCACUUGUAUGCGAGGUUCUACCUUUUUUUGUCUAUCUGCCGUCUGUCUGUCACACGCAUUUAAGCGAAUCAGAUCUGAUUUAUUAGUUCACUGGUUUACGCAUUUUUAAACCAAAGAGUGCUGUGGUUAAAACAUGCCCCACCUAUUUCUGCCUGUGCAACUGGGUAGCAUCCCAAGCACUCAGUGAAUGUAGCUCAUGCCACGGCAUAAACACAUAUUCCGGGGUCAGGGUAUUUGAAAAAUUAAUUUAAUGCCCUACAUAUUUAAGAUGUUUUUUAAAACGAGAUAAUAUCUUUUGGCUAGAAGGCCAGGUGCUUAUUUGAGGUGGAUCAAAUAGCACAAUCUACGAUGUUUUAACAGUAAUGUUUUGCCUAGUACUAAGAACAUAACCACGGUAGCUACGAAAUGCACUGUGGAAACUUAUUUUGGGCUUCUAUAUGCACUUUCAAAUCUCAAUGAAUUUCUUUGAAGAAUUUUCAAAUAUUUACAUAUUAACUGCAUUAAUUGGUUCAAAAACUUGUGUGCCUUUUAAGUGAUGCAUGUUUCAUAGAUCGGUAAUUAACUCAUUUCUAGAAAUGUACAUGUAGAAAAAUCGAGUGGGAUCAAUUUGUUGAGAUUGUUUUGGUGUUUGUCGCAAAGUCUUACACUAUCCGUGAUCAGUUUAUGCCCAGCAUAUGUAAUGAACUGUAAUAAAUUUGUCAAUUAUUCAAAUCUCAGUGAUCACAUCUACCUAUAUUCCGUACUCGAUAUCACCUAUUUUGUAAAUCGUAACAGUGCUAAUCCGUUGCUCAAAAUGAAGUGUGGUUUCAUCUCAUGGUUGCUUGGUAAAUCACCAUGCACCGUAGUUAUAGACCUGCUACUCUUGCACCACAAAUUGUUACGCACAUGAAACCAUAAGAUAUUUUAGUCACUAGUUUCAACCACUCAAAAAGCCUAUUCACCAAUGUUCUGUUCAUUUAUUUUGUCUAGGUUUCUUGGGCUAAUGUUGAGGCAUGUUCAUCUUUGUUGAAGGCAGCACUUAGCACUACAUCAGAAUCCUACACAAUCCAAGAUUAUCCUUCCUCCCGUCUACUGGCAGCUCCCCACCACUUGUGUGGACUUUAUCACGGCGUACACAACGCAGCAUUUUGACAUCUUCUCCCCCAGCUCUUUCAACCAUCACAGAAAAAGAUGAAGAGUUAGUUCAAUUAGAGGAUAAUUUCGCAGAUAUGAAUUUGGGUUUUGAAAGUGUUUGUAAAUCCAGUUCAUGUUUAAAGGCAGCCUCAUCUUGAUAAAGUAUCCUCUGUUGGCACUAUUUCAUCACUGUGAACGUUUAUCUUCUUAAUAUAAUAAUAUAUUCACACUAACCAAUCUGUGAUUGGGAAACUCAUCAAAAAAAAUUUCUGUUUUCAAAGGGUUCAAUUCUUAUUGUCCUUUGUUAUUGUUAUUGUUGUUGUUGUUUCCCUCAACUUUCGUUUUUCCAUCUUUCUAUAGACUACAAAAAAAAAGUAGUUGUGUACAAAUCUGAACAAAAAUCGUAGUGUAUUUCAGUUUAACUGAUUUCAUCAUAAUCAGUAUGGAAAGCGGUAUAACUUGUUUACUACUGCUGGUUUCUAUCACGUACUUACUCUUUUUUUGAUUGUUGUAUUUUCCCUCUUCUACUCAUUUCACAACAGUAAUGAUUAGUAAAAAGGGAUUAUUGUUUUAGGGAUCACGUUUCGUUUUCUUGUUUUUCUUUGAUUAUAUAUACCAGCUGCCAAAUUAGGCGAAGACGUUCUGCCUCUUCAAUUUUCUCUUCUUUAGUAAAAAAAAAGCGAAACAAACAUUGUGAUUACUACUAAUAUAUUACUACUGCUACUACUACUACUACUACUAUGACUGUUGCUACUAGUCUAACAGCUGUUUUUUUUCAUCGUUGUUUUUUUUCUGGUCACUUUUGACCUUUGACUUUUUUAAAGUAAAUUUUAAGUAGUCGUUUUUUGUAAAACACGGCACAUUACCACUUUCCUAUCUCGUUCCUCUUUCUAGUCUAAUAUCUACAGUUCAAUCAUUAAGUUUAUAAGAAAAAAAGUGCAAUAAAAAUAUUUUGAAUA